GCCGAAAACUAUCUGAGCCAAGGCAUCCAGUAUCACGAGCAAGGCGACCUCUCUCGCUCCGCCUACUACUUUGAGCGCUCUGCAAAGGUCGAGGGCGGCUGUGUCGUCGGAAUGUGCAUGUGGGGUAUGACGCUUAGGGAGGGCUGGGGUGCUCGUAAAGAUCCCAGGAAAGGCUUCGAGUGGAUCCAGCGUGCAGCCGCUACAGCUGGCGAGCUCAUGUCUACCUCGCGCAACAGGACCGAAGCUGAUCUCAAGGCUGUACGCUCAGAGCUGAAGCUGUCGGUUUAUGAGCUGGGCAAAUGCUUCUGCUAUGGCUGGGGCGUCAAGAUGGACAAGAAGAUGGCACUGGAGUACUUUGAGCUGGCUGCAAAGUUGGGCGAUGCGGAUGCGCAGGCCGAGGCGGGCGCGCUGUAUGCUGCUGGCAAGGGAUGCAAAAAGGAUCUCAAAAAGGCAGCAAAGUACUACCGUAUGGCGGCUGCGCAGGGAUACGAUUUGAUUGGUUUGAGCUGGGUGUGGAAGAGCAAAUUUGAU